AUGCGCUCCGUCCCCCCCUUAAAGGGCCAGCGCGUCCCCGCCGGGGCCUCCGCCUCCCGCAGCCAUUCUUCACCCCCAAGUCAUCACCCGGACGCCGGGAGGUGUGCCCCGCGCGGUCUCUCCGGCGGCGGCGGCGGCGGCUGCGGCGCUGACCGGCCAGGGCUGGGCGGGCGUGCGUGCCCUGGCGGGGACCUGGGGCCGAGGGAAAACAGCGCUCUCCUCGAGCAGAAGGAGCAGCAGGAGAGGCUGCGGGAGGCCGCGGCCUUGGGGGACAUUCGGGGACUGGUGGAGAGCGGGGUGGAUGUGAACUCCCGAAAUGAGGUCAACGGCUUGACCUGUUUACAUUGGGCGUGUAAACACAGUCAUGGUCAGGUGGUCUCUUACUUACUGAAAUCAGGAGCUGACAAAGAGAUUCUUACCACAAAGGGAGAAAUGCCCGUCCAGCUAACAUCAAGAAGAGAAAUUAGGAAGAUUAUGGGAGUGGAAGAUGAUGAUGGUGACAGCGACGACCACCCCCAGCUGAAGAAGGAGUCAGAACUGCCCUUCGUUCCCAACUAUCUGGCCAGCCCAGCCUUCCCUUUUAUCUGUACACCUGCAUCAGAGGAUUCAGCCCAGCUACAGAAUGGGCCCUCCGCGCCUCCUGCAUCACCCCCUGCAGGUGGCUCGCCUCCGUUGCCCCCUGGAGAACUGCCGCUGCUUGGGCCCUUUCCGCCGGACCACACCUCGUUGGCACUGGUUCAGAACGGGGAUGUGUCUGCCCCCUCUGCCAUACUUAGAACACCAGAAAGCACAAAACCGGGUCCUGUUUGUCAGCCACCAGUGAGUCAGACUCUAUCCCUGUUCUGUACUGUCCCAUCCAAGCCACCAAUGUCUCUGGAACCUCAAAAUGGGACAUAUGCAGGACCAGCGCCAGCAUUCCAGCCAUUUUUCUUCACUGGAACAUUUCCAUUUAAUAUGCAAGAGCUGGUACUCAAGGUGAAGAUUCAGAACCCAUCUCUUAGAGAAAAUGAUUUCAUUGAAAUUGAACUGGACCGACAGGAGCUCACCUACCAAAAGCCGCUCAGAGUGAGUUGCUGUGAGCUGGGUGUUAAUCCUGGUCAAGUGGAGAAGAUCAGAAAGCUACCCAAUACUCUGGUAAGAAAGGACAGAGAUGUUGCUCGACUCCAAGAUUUUCAAGAGCUGAAACUGGUUUUAAUGAUAAGUGAAAAUUUUCUGUUCAGAAAUGCUGCAUCCAGACUGACUGAAAGGCCUUGCUACAAUAGGAGAGCUUCAACACUGACUUACUAAUGCAGCAGGAACUUUUAUUACUGAGUAUUGUGACAGUGGGCCAAGGACAAGCCACUGAUCUAAUGCCUUGGAUGCCCAAGGACGGCCCCUGAUGCCACUUCGUAGUAUACACUAACAUCGUUCUGCCAAGGUAGGAAGCCCCUGACCCCCAAGCAGCGGUGCCACUCUUCCAAGCCUCUUGGUGCACA